CUGUAGUCUUCCCCGCGGCUUGCCGCUCCAUCCCCUCCCUUCCCCUCCCCCUUUCUCUGAACCCCCGGGCUCUUCCUUCCCUUCCCCCUACCCUUUACCCCCUACCCCUUUUCAUUUUUCAGUCUAGGAAUCCUCAGCGAUAGUAAUCUUUAGCACAGGUGCUUUAGACCCGCCUAUAGGCUGUACACUUUAACCGCUGAGGUUGCAGUUAUCGCCGCCUUUCUUUUGGGGGGCCUGACCUAGUCUGCUACUCAGAGAUCUUUGGGGCUCAUCAGAGGUAAUCGAGAGUGUGCCCAGGGUGUGUGAUGCAGAGUACAAGGAAAGGAGGCCUACUUGGUGAAUAAAGUAUGGAUUCUCUCCAGGAUCAAGCCCAGUGCCUCAAGUGCCAGUCAAGCACUCUACCACUGAGCCACAACCCCAGCCCUUGAGCCAAUUCUUUACAACAAAUCUCCAUAGAAAGAUACAUCGAUAGAUAUCCUUGUGCUGCACCUCACGGCUAGUCGUGUGUUUACCUCCAUUUUAACAGCAAUACCCCACACGGAGCUUUGGGUGGACUAAGAGACCCUGGUUAAGACAGCAGCAGCUACCCUCAUUUCAACCACGUCACUCCACUUUGAAUAUUUCCCAUCUCUAAGCGGAGAAGCAAAUAUGCCUCUUAUUCUAGGAAAAAGAGAAAAUGAUCAGGAGGACAAGUUAAACAGUACACGUACUUUAAGUGAAGGAGAAAAAGAUCAGGAUGUCAUUAGUAGAUCACUUCCUCUAAGUAAAAGAGAAAAUGUUCAGGAGGAAAAGUUUGAAGAUGCCUAUGAAAUUAUCCCUAUGGCAACAACAAUGAAUCUCCUGUCUUCCUUGGAAGAAUGCACAACUGGACUAUACUUAUUUCUAAAUAACAGAUUCACAGAUGCAAUAAAUCUCAUUUACCCGUGGUCUAAAAACAGCACAUACCAUGCCCUAUUAUACAGUAUGCUUAUGGUUGUGAAAGCCAUCCUGACUUUUGAUCCACAGGACAUACAGAUUGGGAUGAAUGCUGCAAAGGAAGCUUUGAAAACCUGUAACAAUUUCCGAAGAAGAACUAGGAUAAUGACUUUAUCUCGUAUAGUGAGUAGACAGGGAAUAAGAGGUGUCAAAGAAGAAGAAUUACAUGCAGAAGUCUGCUAUGCUGAGUGUUUGAUCUUGAAAUCUUCCAUAGCAUUUAUACAGGAUGACAGUAUGAUUAGUUUUCUUAAAAGUGGGCUCAGCGUUGGGUCAAGUUAUCAAAUAUACAAAGAUUGUCAACAGGUAUUAACUCUUAUGCCUCACGGCCACAGCAAAGCCCACAGACACUUGGUUGGAGGGAUAAAAUUUGGACUUGGAUCAUUUAAUUUGAUGUUAUCACUUGUGCCACCAAAGACACUUAGACUUCUCAAUGUUGUUGGACUUUCUGGGGAGAGAGAGGUAGGCUUGGCUUUGCUUCAUGAGAGUGCAUCUGAAACUCAUAUAAAUAAUAUUUUAAGUGUUUUCACUCUACUCUUUUAUUACAGUUACAUCCAUGUAGCUUUUGGUGUUGAAAAAGUUUCCAGUUUGGCUACAGAGAAUCUCUUCCUCAUAUACCUCCAGAAAUUUCCAAACUGUGUUGUACUUAAAUUUUUUCAUGCACGUUUUAGUAUGUUGAGAGGAAAUUUUGAAAAAGCACAAUUGAAAUUACAUGAGUGCAUUUUUACUCAGAACGAAUGGAAACAGGUUCACCACCUCUGUUACUGGGAACUCAUGUGGUGCCACAUUUUUCUGCAGGAUUGGAAGCAGGCUUACAACUAUGCCCAUCUACUGUAUAUACAUAGCAGAUGGUCCAAGGCAAUAUAUGUGUACAGUAAAGCUAUCAUAUUGGCUUUACUUCCUCCUGAUUUUGUGAAAUCACUAAAUGAUAACAUGAACUCUCUCUUCUUAAAUGUGGAAAACCUGAGAAUCAAAAUUUUAGGCACCCCUGUGCCAAUAGAAAAGUUUGUUGCUGAGAAAGGUCAGCGCUAUGGUACUACUACAGGCUGGUUUGCGGCACAGCCCCUUCUGGAAUUCAUUUAUGCCUGGAGUGGUUUCCGAGUCAUGAGCAAAAAAGUAGAGCUUAUUUCAAGCUGGCUAUCAAUAAUUAACAAAGGAAAAGACCUUUUGCAGGAAAAUCCAAAUGAGGAAUAUGGCACAGAUGACAUAAGUUUCUUAAAUUUGCUGAAAGGGCUAUGCCUGAAACACCUAGGCAAAUAUUUGAAGGCUGAGCAUUACUUUAAUCGUGUUAUUCAAAAGGAGAAGUUUUUAAAAUAUGACCACUAUUUGGUGCCAUAUACUUACUAUGAACUUGGAAUUCUACACUAUCUGAAAGGAGAUUUUGCCAGUGCAACAAAAUAUCUAGACAACAUAAAGAACUAUAAAGACUAUUCCAUGGAAGCCCGGUUACAGUUUAGGGCUCAUAUAGCCCUUGAACAAAUAGCUAAAGAAAAGUGAUUUAAACACAAAGUGUGCUUUUGUUUAGCACAAGUGGAAUAUCUACAACCAGCAAAAUAAUUAGCAGGUAGAAAAAUCAUUUCUUUGUGGAAAAGAAAUUCAAGAGGCAGCUGCUAAGAUCUGAUCAGUAACAAAUAAGAAAGGAAUUGGCCAUUUCUUUCCGCUCUUUUUUUUCUCCUUAUGUUUAAAUGUGAUGAUUAGACUUGCAAAUGGAGUGACCGAACAUUCUUGAAAAAGAAAAGGCAAAUGCUUUCUUCACAUUGUAAAAAUAUUGUCUUAAAACUUCCAAGGCAGUUUUUAACACCAACUUAGAUAAUGUAUACAACUUACAAAUAAAAUAGGAAAAGUGGCCACACUCAGGAUACCAGAGGCCUGUAAAUGUUUUUUUUAUUUAAUUUUAAAGAAAAUGAUCUCGAAGGUCUUACUGAUGAUAUUUCAGUGAUAACACAGAAUAGCAUAAAUUCUGAAUGUUUUUCCCUUA